AUGCUAAUUAAGACCACAAUAUUUUCUGUUAUAUUUUUAACCUAUUUUCACCCAUCUCAGUCUGCAAAUAUCGUCCAUUAUGGCAAAGGAGAACGGGUAGACGUCUACGUAAAUAAAGUGGGCCCGUAUGCAAAUCCGCACGAAACUUAUCACUAUUACAGUCUACCGAUUUGCAGACCGGAUCGGAUAAUCCACAAGUCCCUCUCCCUCGGCCAAGUUCUCGAGGGUGAUCGAAUGGCAGAAAGUCACUAUUUAUUCAAAUUUGCUGACGACCAGGAAAUGGGAUCCCUAUGUGGCGAACGUACCUUAAGCCUAUUGGAUACGCAGCGACUGGUUGCAGCUAUAGAAGAGGAGUAUUUCUUCGAAAUUAUAAUAGAUGAUCUUCGAAUCCGAAAUUUCCUCGGGUUUGUCGAGGAAUCGAAACAAGUCUUCCCGCAUGUCCAUCGCGUGUUUGUAUAUACGGAAUACCCAUUUAUCGUUGAGUAUAAUGGGGAUACGAUCAUCAGCAUUAACUUGACGAUGAACGCCCAAAGUGCUAAAGAAGUGGAUUUUGAAAGAGAGCUGACGAUCGAUUUUCGAUAUGCUAUUAAGUGGAUAAGCGUUGAUAAACCUGUUGAUAAACGACCCUCCGAUGGGCAGCUCCUAUUUUCCGCCCGAUCUAUGCAAGUUCACUGGCUAUCAGUCAUCAACGCGUUACUACUUGUGAUAUUAUUGAUCAUUGGAGUCACCCUAAUUUUGUUUUCUGCUGUCCGAAGAGACCUAAUGAACUAUAAUGAAAUCGAGGACACUGAUAUUUUGAUGGAAAAUGGGUGGAAGACCGUGUUUUUGGAUGUUUUUCGCAAGCCGAAAUAUCCAAUGUUGCUGUCGGCUGUGCUAGGUGUCGGAACUCAAUUUUUAACGAUCGGACUUGCUAUUCAAAUCGUGGCCACAACGAAUUUGAUCAAUAUUCAUCAUCACGGAAAUUUGAAUACGUUAUUGAUUUUUCUGUAUGCGUCGACAAGUUUCAUUGCCGGCUACGUUUCGGCCGCAAAGUACAAACAACUGGAUGGAAAAUGGUGGAUCACCAAUGUCAACCUGACUUCCGGACUUUUUGGGGUCCCGAUGAUGGUUGUCUGGAUGCUCAACAAUUCCGUCGCUUGGGCCAAUGAAUCUACCCAGGCCCUCCCCUGGACUACCGUAGUCAUCGUCCUAAUUAUCGCCCUGGCAUUUGGGUAUCCGCUGGCUAUUGCUGGAGCGUUGGCUGGGAGACACAUCUCUUCGAAGUUUUCCCCGCCAUGUCGAACAAGAACGGUGCCACGCCAGAUUCCCGCGGCUCCCGUUUAUUUGCAUGGGAUUGUUACGGCGUUUUUCGGUGGAUUGUUGCCGUUCAGUUCAAUUUUCCUCGAGCUCUACUACAUCUUCUCGACAAUCUGGGGCCGGGAGACGUACACCCUCUUCCAUAUGCUCAGCAUCUCAUUUGGAGUCGUCGUGGCGGUCGUGGCAUGCCUCUCGAUCGCCCUCACCUAUUUUCAACUGAACGUCGAGGACUAUAGGUGGUGGUGGCGCUCGAUAUUUAAUGGAGGCUCCUCGGCCCUAUUCAUAUUUGCCUACGGCGUCUACUUCUUGCGCCACCAGUCGAGCAUGUCGGGCGCCGUUCAACUGACCGAAUUUUUCACCCAUUUAUCGCUACUUUGCUAUAUCGCAUUUCUAUCGCUCGGUACCGUGUCGUAUUUUGCGGCCGAGCGAUUUGUGUUUUACAUUUUUUCGCACGUGAAGACGGAU